GUUCCGAUAUUUAGUGGCAAGAAUCACUAUCUAACUACACGUGUAUGCCUGCCCUUGAGCGCAUAACAUUAUCUUUGCCAUGCCGGCAGUCCCGGAUCAAGUCCUCAUAAAAGAUGUACAAGGAUCUCACUGCCACUCAUCGAUUAACACCCCACAACGUUCUCCUUUGAAAACUUGAAUUUACGAUUCUUGCAAUGAUCGACAAGCGCGCCAUCGAAUUUGCCGACCUUUUCGUCACUUCUCUCUCUAACCCGUAUCGUCCUGAUCAUUGCGCCCUAUUCUACCUCUCUUGCCUCAAAAUAUUCACUUCCACCCCAGAGACUAUCAUCAGUCUGCAAAGGACCAGACACGACAUCUUUGAUACUCUUAUUCGCUUCCUCACAGUACCACGAUCCCGGUCCGAGGCACUUUCAUUCGGCACCUCCCUGGAAAAGUGCACUUGUGCAGUCGAAACCGACAGUGAUAUCAAACUCAUCCACAAUCUUCGCGAUUUUCGAUACCCUAAAUCGCCGUGCACGUUUGUUGAUGUCCUUGACUCGAUAAUGGAACUGGUCGUUCGUGCCAUCGUUCGUCCCGAUCCGAAUAAUGCCAUACCCCAACUUCGCAAAGCGCGGAAAGAAGCGCACAAGGCAGAGCGAAGCGGUCUGCAGCCCCAGUGGCCCACAAAGGCCUCCGAUACUUUCCCGCAGGGCGGAGAGACCACCAUUCGCAUGCUCUGGACGUGGGUUGAUCUGUACGGGAUCGUCCACGUUGUCUCCUACGUGAACAUCCUUCUUCGAUCCUCCGGAAGCACCUUCAUCUCAUUCUUCUCCAAAAUGCCCAACUAUCCUUCUCGCAUCCUUGCUAUCUUCGAAUCACGGCUCGACAAGCUGAAUUCAAGUAAAUACCAAGAAGUACAUCCCUUCGAUUUGGCGUCGAUCCACGAUUUUAUACGUCUCACGGGUACAGUGGGAUCUGAUUCGAUGCGGAAGGACUUGGGGAUAAUGAUGCAGAUGGUGAUGCUGUGGCGGCCUUAUGGAGAAGCUCUCCUCCUCCUACUCGCUAAAGCCCUCCGCAUUGCAUCUUCAACUUCCAAUACCCUUGUUUCACGCAUCAUUAUGAAGGAACGCUUCCAAGACACCGGAGCGAUGAUACACCAUCUCUAUCUCCAACACAAAGAGGUCAUACAGUACCAUCCGCUCUUCCUAUCCGAGUCUCGUAGAAUCGCAGCAGCGGUGACGAACCUCGAUCCCUACGCCAGCACUGCAGCGAUUCUGAAGUCGUUGCUGGAGAUGGAUAAAUGUGGGUUGUACGGCUGUUCGCAGACGUUCACCUUGCAGGGGAGGAGGUUUCCGUACUGUGCGGGUUGUGGGAAGAUUCCGUAUUGCUCCCAAGCGUGUCAGCGCCGGGCGUGGAAGCAUCCUGGCGUGCCUCAUAAGGCGGUUUGUGCGACGUUGAAGAAGAUAUGCGACACUGUCGGGAUCAAUGGGAACUCGUGGGUAAAUGUCCCACAGAAAGAGUUUUCUAGGAAGUGCAAAGAGGCGAAUAUUACAGUGGAUGAGGCGAGGAUUCUUGUGAGGUAUCUUGAGGAUUUGUUGGGGCAUUCCGUUUUGUAUUUGUAGAUUAUCUAUGCUCCGAUAUCCGUCGUUCGAUAGCUUCUUCAAAAAGUGUAGCGUUCAUGGCCUUCCCUCAGUAGGAUCAGUGCGGGGUUCCUCUAGAGGAUCUGUAGUGACUAUUGAUCUGCCUAAAAAGGUCUGGCCCGCUUGAAAUGUAGAUCGUUAAUAUUAGAGUUUAGAGUUUAGAAAACCGG